GGUCUGUAUAAACAUAUCUAACUAAUGCUCAAUGAGCGACUACAAAGAAUUAUCUUUGGGACUCUAAAGCAUCGUUAAGAAUAAACCUCGGGGCACAUACUCCGUUUGUCUUCGCGAUAAGUGAUAACAACGCUAUUCCCCAGCACGGAUUGCCACGCAACUCUAGCCCAACGAAAACAAACUCUCGACCAAUAGCUCCUCGUAUUGCACGAAAAAACAUGGCAAAUGUUAUACACUGUUUUAACGAAUUUCUCAAAUAUUGAAAAAAAAAAACUCAAAGAGACCGACGAUGGGUUCGAGGCAGUGGUGACCAAACAUCGACCCUGUUAUUGCAAAUUUUGAGAGUUCAUUGAAUGAUAACAAUACACAUUUUAUGUCAUCAAAGCUUCCCUGGUGAAGGCCUCCCUCGAAGAAGGAAAGUAUUCACAUAUGCAAACAACAAAUUAAUCAACGUCUUCGGGUGUUUUUUGUACAAGAAAAGAUCGACUAAGGCCUCCAGGCACCCGAUAUCAGCUGUUGCUAUAAUAACUGAGAUUUUAUACCACCAGGAGCCUCUUACACUCUUCACAUACACGGCGCCGUACCGUGCAGAGUCAAGUUUGAUGCAUGUUAAACUUUGGGGAAUUGAUUGUGGUGGAAAAAUGGCUGGUGUUUUUGUGUGAAGUAUAUCUUGGAUAUCAGUAAAAUUUUGGCCUUGCGAAUGGAAAGAGGGAUAUUUUGCAAACAAGAGCUAAGUAACCAUUCAGACAACAACCCAAACAAACGGAAAGAAAGGCCUCUUUACAAACGAAAGGCAAGGGUUUACUCAGGAAAUUAAAUAACACAUGUUUGGAUGUGCGUGUCGACGUGUCUAAUUCCUACAUUUACUAAAGGGAUUGAUCAAUUAAGAGCAUAGAAGUCUCGUCAAGGAACUCAGUAAGGCACUUCAUUAACAAGGAGACACUUUGCGGAUGCAUUGAAUAAUUCAUCCAAAGCACCAUCAACAAUUGCGACUUCUUCACUUUUUUAAUAAGACUGAUCGAAAUCAUCGAUACGCGCUUCUCUAUUGGGUAAUUCCCCGCCCCACUGCAGAAAAGUAACAAAGAAAAAAAACGUCCCCUCUCACGCCAAAUACUUUUCAAAGAUAUUGAAUUCAACAAUAAUAUUUUCACUUCGUUUCACUGGACUGCUGAAGGAACACGAUCUGCUAUUUCUAUUCGUCUUAAACUUUCGGGCGAGUAAAGGCCUAGGUUUUUCACUCAAGAUGGCAGCCUAUAACAGCAGUAGCGUAUUUGAAGACAAUCGGCCUCCGAUGAGCCCAAUCCAAAUCAUGCGGCUUGUCCUGUACGCCGUGAUUUUUGUUUGUGGGUUAAUAGGAAACGUACUAGUCAUAGUAGUGGUGAAGUGUCGAGGCAAAAAGCGAACUUUCCACGACUAUUUCCUCCUGAAUCUCGCUAUCGCGGAUCUCCUUUUCAUAUUGUGUCUCCCGGCGGAUAUCUAUAUUGAAGUUGCCGUAUUUCCUUUCACGGAAUUCUAUUGUAAGAUAUUGUAUCCCCUGACAACGUUUGCCUUCUCCCUGAGUAUCUUCACCCUGUCUUCCAUGGCUGUAGGUCGCUGUUAUGUCAUGAAAAAUACAUCCAAGCCCCCUCUGAAAGGUCGUGCCGCCAUGCUAUGGAUACUAUUACUCUGGAUCGCGUCAUUUGCCUGUGUAUUACCGCUGACCAUCGUAGCGCGGUCGUCGUCAAGGUCUUGCAGGGAAGACUGGCCCGACCCUAUAUACCGCAAGGCUUUCACUGCGUCAUUACUGCUGCUACAGUACAUUGGUCCACUUGUUAUCAUCGCUUUAGCGUAUGUGAACAUAGGGAUACUACUGGCGAAAAACAAAGUGCCGCAAACUAAUUCGAACUCAAGUAAGUCUCACUCCCUACUCCAUCGAAUCCGACACAGGAAUCUCCAAAUCACUCGCACGCUUGCAGUCAUCGUUGUGCUUUUUGCUUUACUGAUGUUGCCGCACGAGAUCGCGUGGAUGUUACUGGACUUUGGACCGGACCCUAACAGCAAACUGGCGGACACUUUAAUCAAAUUUUCCCCUAUUCUCACGUACCUCCACAGCUGUUCAAACCCCUUGGUAUAUGGCCUGAUGACGACACAGUUCCGAAAUGACGUCAGGAAGUAUGUGUACUGCUGUCGCAGAUACCAAGGCUCGUACGAGAGUGAAACCGAGCACAAAGCAAGCAGCGGUAAACUGUUAAAGCACAAGAAGCGGCGAAAGAAAUGUGAUAAGGGGAGACUGGGUGAACAUGUAAUCGCAGAUGCUAUUUCAACCUCGCACGCAGUGGGAUAUGGCGGGAAAGUCAAUGUCAUCGUGUAUCUCGCUCCGAGCGACAAACGAGUGAAACUAAACAAUAACGGACCUUUAAAGCAGAAUGGCAGUCUGCAAGUCUACAAUAAGAGCCAUCAGGGAAUUUGCUCGGAGACAAGUUGCGCUGAGAAGCCUAAGAUUGUUAUCAAAGUCAGUGAAAAUGGGGACGAGGCUGGAAACAACAAAGGGAAAACUUUCAAAGAUGAAGAGAAUUCCGGGACAUCUAUGGGUAGUAGUAAGCUGUCAAAAGAGGACCAGACGGUUGACACCUCUAGCAUCAAGCUAGAAUUUGACGAGUCCCGGUAGAGUCCCAUAUUACAUACUGUAGCACAAGCAGCCGCAGAAUUCGUAGGUUAGUGAGCGCCUAGUCUUUUUCUCACUUUACGAUGCUGAAGACGAGUCGAUAGAUUGUCUCUUUAAAUACUUUUAAAGAAUUGAUGUAUCCACCUAUUUAACUUUCCAAUUAAUUGUAAGUGCAAUUUCCAAUUAAAGGGAAUUUUAGAAGUUGACACA